GUGAAAACCGCUGGACAAGGUUGAACCUAGACGCAUGCGCCCAAAGCGCGGGGUGCGAGGUGGGUGGACCCAUCGCUUCCCGCUCUCUCCUCCCAAAGCGCUUACGGCAGUCUCGCGGGAUUUCCCCCUCUCGCGGGAAUUAUUUGAACGUUCGAGCGGUAAAUACUCCCUGGGGCUGUCAUAGAAGACUCCGCGGAGAGCGCUGCCUCUGGGUUGGCGGGCUGGCAGGCUGUAGCCGAGCGCGGGCAGGACUCGUCCCGGCAGGGUUCCAGAGCCAUGGGAGCGGAAAGGAGGCUGCUGUCGAUUAAGGAGGCCUUUCGGCUGGCGCAGCAGCCGCACCAGAACCAGGCGAAGCUGGUGGUGGCGCUGAGCCGCACCUACCGCACGAUGGAUGAUAAGACAGUUUUUCAUGAGGAGUUCAUUCAUUACCUUAAAUAUGUUAUGGUGGUCUAUAAACGUGAACCAGCUGUGGAGAGGGUAAUAGAAUUUGCAGCAAAGUUUGUUACCUCAUUUCACCAAUCAGAUAUGGAAGAUGAUGAGGAAGAGGAAGAUGGUGGCCUUUUAAAUUAUUUGUUUACUUUUCUCUUAAAGUCUCAUGAAGCAAACAGCAAUGCAGUGAGAUUUAGAGUGUGCCAGCUCAUAAACAAGCUUUUGGGAAGUAUGCCAGAAAAUGCUCAGAUUGAUGAUGAUGUGUUUGAUAAAAUUAAUAAAGCCAUGCUUAUUAGAUUGAAAGAUAAGAUUCCAAAUGUGAGAAUACAGGCAGUUCUGGCGCUUUCACGACUUCAGGAUCCCAAGGAUGAUGAAUGCCCAGUGGUUAAUGCAUAUGCUACUUUGAUUGAAAAUGAUUCAAAUCCAGAAGUUAGACGGGCAGUGUUAUCAUGUAUUGCACCAUCAGCAAAGACUUUGCCAAAAAUUGUAGGGCGCACCAAGGAUGUGAAAGAGGCUGUCAGAAAGCUGGCUUAUCAGGUUUUAGCUGAAAAGGUUCAUAUGAGAGCUAUGUCCAUUGCUCAGAGAGUAAUGCUCCUUCAACAAGGUCUUAAUGACAGAUCAGAUGCUGUGAAACAAGCUAUGCAGAAGCAUCUUCUUCAAGGCUGGUUACGGUUCUCUGAAGGAAAUAUCUUAGAGUUGCUCCAUCGGUUGGAUGUAGAAAAUUCUUCUGAAGUGGCAGUCUCUGUUCUCAAUGCCUUGUUUUCAAUAACUCCUCUCAGUGAACUGGUGGGACUCUGUAAAAACAAUGAUGGCAGGAAAUUGAUUCCAGUGGAAACAUUAACUCCUGAAAUUGCUUUGUACUGGUGUGCCCUUUGUGAAUAUUUGAAAUCAAAAGGAGAUGAAGGUGAAGAAUUUUUAGAGCAGAUUUUGCCAGAGCCUGUAGUAUAUGCAGACUAUUUAUUGAGUUAUAUCCAGAGCAUUCCAGUUGUUAAUGAAGAACACAGAGGUGAUUUUUCCUAUAUUGGAAAUUUGAUGACAAAAGAAUUCAUAGGUCAACAAUUGAUUCUAAUUAUUAAGUCUUUGGAUACCAGUGAAGAAGGAGGAAGAAAAAAACUGCUGGCUGUUUUACAGGAGAUUCUUAUUUUACCCACAAUCCCAAUAUCCCUGGUUUCUUUUCUUGUUGAAAGACUACUCCACAUCAUUAUAGAUGAUAAUAAGAGAACACAAAUUGUUACAGAAAUUAUCUCAGAGAUUCGGGCGCCCAUUGUUACUGUUGGUGUUAAUAACGAUCCAGCUGAUGUAAGAAAGAAAGAACUCAAGAUGGCUGAAAUAAAAGUUAAGCUUAUCGAAGCCAAAGAAGCUUUGGAAAAUUGCAUUACCUUACAGGAUUUUAAUCGGGCAUCAGAAUUAAAAGAAGAAAUAAAAGCAUUAGAAGAUGCCAGAAUAAACCUUUUGAAAGAGACAGAGCAACUUGAAAUUAAAGAAGUCCACAUAGAGAAGAAUGAUGCUGAAACAUUGCAGAAAUGUCUUAUUUUAUGCUAUGAACUGUUGAAGCAGAUGUCCAUUUCAACAGGCUUAAGUGCAACCAUGAAUGGAAUCAUCGAAUCUUUGAUUCUUCCUGGAAUAAUAAGUAUUCAUCCUGUUGUAAGAAACCUGGCUGUUUUAUGCUUGGGAUGCUGUGGACUACAGAAUCAGGAUUUUGCAAGGAAACACUUCGUAUUACUAUUGCAGGUUUUGCAAAUUGAUGAUGUCACAAUAAAAAUAAGUGCUUUAAAGGCAAUCUUUGACCAACUGAUGACAUUCGGGAUUGAACCAUUUAAAACUAAAAAAAUCAAAACACUUCAUUGUGAAGGUACAGAAAUAAACAGUGAUGAUGAGCAAGAAUCAAAAGAAGUUGAAGAGACUGCUACAGCUAAGAAUGUUCUGAAACUCCUUUCUGAUUUCUUAGAUAGUGAGGUAUCUGAACUUAGGACUGGAGCUGCAGAAGGACUAGCCAAGCUGAUGUUCUCUGGGCUUUUGGUCAGCAGCAGGAUUCUUUCUCGUCUUAUUUUGUUAUGGUACAAUCCUGUGACUGAAGAGGAUGUUCGACUUCGACAUUGCCUAGGCGUGUUCUUCCCCGUGUUUGCUUAUGCAAGCAGGACUAAUCAGGAAUGCUUUGAAGAAGCUUUUCUUCCAACCCUGCAAACACUGGCCAAUGCCCCUGCAUCUUCUCCUUUAGCUGAAAUUGAUAUCACAAAUGUUGCUGAGUUACUUGUAGAUUUGACAAGACCAAGUGGAUUAAAUCCUCAGGCCAAGACUUCCCAAGAUUAUCAGGCCUUAACAGUACAUGACAAUUUGGCUAUGAAAAUUUGCAAUGAGAUCUUAACAAGUCCGUGCUCGCCAGAAAUUCGAGUCUAUACAAAAGCCUUGAGUUCUUUAGAACUCAGUAGCCAUCUUGCAAAAGAUCUUCUGGUUCUAUUGAAUGAGAUUCUGGAGCAAGUAAAAGAUAGGACAUGUCUGAGAGCUUUGGAGAAAAUCAAGAUUCAGUUAGAAAAAGGAAAUAAAGAAUUUGGUGACCAAGCUGAAGCAGCACAGGAUGCCACCUUGACUACAACUACUUUCCAAAAUGAAGAUGAAAAGAAUAAAGAAGUAUAUAUGACUCCACUCAGGGGUGUAAAAGCAACCCAAGCAUCAAAGUCUACUCAGCUAAAGACUAACAGAGGACAGAGAAAAGUGACAGUUUCAGCUAGGACGAACAGGAGGUGUCAGACUGCUGAAGCCGACUCUGAAAGUGAUCAUGAAGUUCCAGAACCAGAAUCAGAAAUGAAGAUGAGACUACCAAGACGAGCCAAAACCGCAGCACUAGAAAAAAGUAAACUUAACCUUGCCCAAUUUCUCAAUGAAGAUCUAAGUUAGGAAAGACGAUGGAGGUGGAAUCCUUUAAGAUUAUGUCCAGUUAUUUGCUUUAAUAAAGAAGAAGUUACCCUUGUCAAAAUCAGAACAAA